UCACUACUCAAACGGCUUCUUUUGUUUUCUACCUUAUAACAUUGCUCACUCUUUCUAAAUAAAUAAUUUUGUUUGACUUUGGUUUCCUCUUACAAUUAUUUCUGGUUCUUCCCCUUCCUUCUAAACUAGCUCAAAAUCUCUCCUCUUCCAACACAACUACUUGUGAGAGAGAGAGAGAGAGAGAGAGAGAGAUGCCAAAGGAGAGCAUGUAUGUUGAGCAAGACCCAGAAGUAGUAUUUGAUGCUGGUACUAAGAACUUGGAUGAUGAUGGAAAACCCAAAAGAACAGGUACAUGGUUAACAGCAAGUGCUCAUAUAAUAACUGCUGUGAUUGGGUCUGGAGUGUUGUCUCUUGCAUGGGCUAUAGCACAGUUGGGUUGGGUAGCAGGGCCUGCAGUUCUCAUGGUCUUCUCCUUCAUCACUUACUUCACCUCCACUCUGUUAGCUGAUAGUUACAGAACUCCUGAUCCUGUCACCGGAAAGAGAAACUACACUUACAUGGACGUUGUGAGAGCCAACUUGGGAGGAAGAAAAGUUCAGCUGUGUGGGUUAGCUCAGUAUGGAAAUCUAGUUGGAGUUACAAUCGGUUACACUAUCACUGCCUCCAUUAGUAUGGUGGCUGUGAGGAGGUCGAACUGUUUCCACAAACACGGCCACCAUGAGAAGUGUGCAACAUCAAACACUCCAUACAUGAUAAUAUUUGCUUGCAUCCAGAUUGUUCUAAGCCAAAUACCAAACUUCGCCAACCUUUCAUGGCUCUCUAUUCUUGCAGCUAUUAUGUCCUUCUCUUAUGCUACAAUAGGCCUCGCUCUCUCCUUAGCCAAAGUUGUAGGUGGGGCACAUGCAAGGACAAGCUUGACGGGAGUGACAGUUGGGGUAGACGUGUCAGGAUCAGAGAAGGUGUGGAGGACAUUCCAAGCUAUCGGGGACAUUGCUUUUGCUUAUGCUUAUUCCACAGUCCUCAUCGAGAUCCAGGACACACUCAAAUCGAGUCCGCCAGAAAACAGAGCCAUGAAGCGGGCAUCACUUAUCGGUGUCUCUACAACCACCAUGUUCUAUGUCCUGUGCGGUUGCCUUGGUUAUGCGGCAUUUGGAAAUGAUGCACCGGGGAAUUUCCUAACGGGUUUUGGAUUCUACGAUCCUUUCUGGCUAAUCGACUUCGCCAAUGUCUGCAUUGCCGUCCAUCUCAUCGGGGCUUACCAGGUCUUCUGCCAGCCAAUUUUCAGUUUUGUGGAGAAGCAAUGCCAGAAACACUGGCCUGAGAACAAGUUUAUAACAAGAGAAUAUGCCCUUAACAUACCGAUAUACGGUGUGUAUUACGUCAACUUCUUCAGGUUGGUCUGGAGGACUGCGUACGUUAUUGUGACAGCAGUGAUAGCCAUGAUCUUUCCGUUCUUCAAUGACUUCUUGGGUCUCAUUGGGGCAGCUUCAUUCUGGCCAUUGACAGUUUACUUCCCUGUAGAGAUGUACAUUGCAAGGUCAAAGAUGAAGAAAUUCUCUUUAACCUGGACAUGGCUGAAAAUUCUGAGCUGGGCUUGCUUGGUGGUGUCACUUGUCGCUGCGGCUGGAUCAAUUCAAGGACUGGCCAAUUCUCUAAAGUCAUACAAGCCCUUCAAAACUCAACAAUAAAUCUUUACCAUAACAUAGGCCUCAGCAAAAUGUAUUACUUUUUCUGUAAGAAAGAAGCUAUCAGACUCUGUAUCUCGAUUACCCCUGUUUUGCAGCAUGAAAAUGAAGCCAAUUACUCUCUAUCGAAAAAUAUUACUAAUAAAUACAGACGCUUGCAUUCCUCAUUAA